GGCAUGGAACGGAGGCGCGGGCGUGUUAGUCUCGCCGGUGGGUUGUCGUUCCAUUCCCCAAGCUACCUUACCUACCUUACCUUACCUUACCUUGCCUGCCUUGCCUCGCACGCGCUACCUACGCUAUUCUAUUAUCAGCUAUCAGUUCAGUCCAGGCCCUCCCAGUCCCUCCCCGAUCGUUCGCCGAACCCCAGCAGCCGGCGCAUCGGAACCGUGCUAGUUCUUGAGGGAGCACGUAUCCUUGCCCAAUCCCACCGCACCGGGUCAUGCUGUGCGUAAAGCCCUUUUCUACUUUCGUCCUCCUCAGGCCUCUCCCCGCUUCUCACACCGAGCCCAGAAAGUCACCAGCCAAGUCUCCCUACCCACUCGUCCUUGCCCUCUUGUCGUCCUUGUGCAGUUUGAGGAGAGCUUCACUCCGGCUUCUCACUCACCCGCCUUAAUAUAUCCCCAAUACUGUCACCGCCAGGAUGGCUACCGUGGAGAAGGAGCCGCUCCUCGAGAGCCUGUACCAUGAUGUCGAGGACACCAGCAGCGAGAAGAGCUCUAGCGAGCUCGGCCCACCACAGCAGCAGACCAAGUCUCCACGCCGGUGGUGGCUCUAUGCCGGACUGGUCCAGCUUCUCCUGAUCGCCUGCUACACGGCCGUGUCGCUCACCGUGAUACGUGCCACAAUCGACCUCGACUCGGUCCCCGACAUCCACGCUUUCGCCGGGCUGGCCGUCAAGUACAAGUUCCGGCUGUACGACAACUUCGUCAACAGUCCGUACGGGGGGGAGCCGACGGCAGCGAGCGACGCGGCGUGGCACGAUCUGCUCAACAACAUGAGCGUUCGAGUGACGGCAGAAGAGCUGGAGGCGCACGGGCAGACAUCAGUAGCGCUGCCCGAGGGCGGCGGCUACCUGGCGUGGCUGGGCGUGUUCCACGAGCUGCACUGCGUCAAGAUGCUGCGGCAGUGGUCGUGGCGCGAGCACUACUUCCCCAACAUGACGGCCCACGACCACAUGCACCAGAUGGUGCACAUCGACCACUGCCUCGACUGGCUGCGCAACGCCGCCAUCUGCCGCGCCGACACGAGCGCCCUCGCCGUCUUCAAGUGGGAUCCUCGCAUGCCGCACCCCAUGCUCAACACCCACCGCGUCCCCCACCGCUGCGUCGACUGGGACGCCCUCAUGACCUCGCACGCCGACCGCCUCGUGCCCCACCAGGAGGUCGUCAAUCUCAAGAACCCCCUGAUGGAGGACGCCAAGGCCGCCGGCGACAAGAAGCCUGCGCCGCCGGACUCGGGCGUCGGCGUCGAGGUGGACUAGAAGGUGCUGCGCCACAACACAAAUACUCAUAAACAACAAAAAAUAUCACACAUAGCUGUAUUUAGCGAGCGACCAUUUCUGUAACUUGUCAAUAAUUACCACUUGUUGAGUUUUUCUUCUUUUGGGCGCAGCAGAACCUGCAUAUACCCAUUAACCGUCUCUCCUUCAUAACACAACACCACGUGUACUGCACUCCUUUGCAUAGCAUGAGAGUGCUAUGUACCAAUGAUCAGGCGUGUCCCCGUCGUUGUUACCAGGGAUACUUGGAAGGUUCUCGGCUCCUCAUGCCUAGCUUGAACACCCAAUGAUACACAUCAUCCGUGAUCACAUACGAGAUGGUUGAUCCCUAAGAGACACUGGCUCGCCUUCAGAAAAGGGAUGCGUUCAUACAACAAGCAGUCGCAAUGUGUAUGUGUAUGUGCAUGUGUAUGUGUAUGUGCAUGUGUAUGUGUAUGUGCAUGUGUAUGUGUAU